AGAAGCCUCGACUUGUCAACGAGUCAAGUUUUACGUCAGUGAAACCGCCUGGCAUGUGUUUAUAAAUCGAUAUUUGAGAGUCGCUGCAUGGAUUUGUGCGCUUCCUCCGCCGCUCCGGUUAGUUCAAACUCUUGUUACCUGUGAACCGGAGCAGCUGCGGACUCCUUCAACAUGGCUUCUUCCGCCACAGGUGACCGCCAAGAACAGACGGAUGUAAAUGCCAGCUAUCUGCGGGCAGCGAGGGCAGGGAACUUGGAGAAAGCUCUUGACUACUUGAAGAAUGGGGUGGACAUCAACAUCUGUAACCAGAACGGUCUCAAUGCUCUCCAUCUGGCCUCUAAGGAGGGCCAUGUGGAGGUGGUGGCUGAGCUCAUCAAGCAGGGGGCCAAUGUUGACGCAGCUACUAAGAAAGGGAACACGGCCCUCCAUGUAGCCUCCCUGGCUGGACAGACAGAGGUGGUAAAGGAACUGGUGACCAAUGGGGCCAAUGUCAACGCACAAUCCCAGAAUGGCUUCACUCCACUGUACAUGGCGGCGCAGGAGAAUCACAUGGACGUGGUGCAGUUCCUACUGGACAAUGGCUCCAGUCAGAGUAUCGCUACGGAGGAUGGUUUCACUCCUCUGGCGGUGGCGUUACAGCAGGGCCAUGACCAGGUGGUCUCCCUUCUACUGGAGAACGACACCAAAGGGAAGGUGCGCCUUCCAGCGCUCCACAUUGCCGCCCGCAAAGACGACACCAAGGCCGCCGCCCUUCUCCUCCAGAACGACCACAACGCCGACAUCGAGUCCAAGAUGAUGGUGAAUAGAACAACCGAGAGCGGUUUCACUCCCCUCCAUAUUGCAGCCCACUAUGGCAAUAUCAACGUAGCAACACUCCUGCUUAACAGAGGGGCAGCUGUGGACUUUAAGGCACGGAAUGACAUCACGCCACUGCACGUAGCAUCCAAACGAGGGAACAGCAAUAUGGUGCGUCUGCUGCUGGAGAGAGGGGCCAAGAUAGAUGCACGGACCAAGGAUGGUCUGACUCCUCUCCACUGUGGAGCCAGGAGUGGACAUGAGCAGGUAGUGGAGAUGCUGCUGGACCGAGGAGCUCCUAUACUGUCAAAGACCAAGAACGGUCUGUCCCCCCUCCACAUGGCAACGCAGGGUGACCACCUCAACUGCGUCCAGCUCCUGCUGCACCACGAGGUGCCUGUGGACGACGUGACCAACGACUACCUGACGGCCCUGCACGUGGCUGCCCACUGCGGACACUACAAGGUGGCGAAGGUCAUCGUGGACAAGAAGGCCAAUCCCAACGCCAAGGCACUGAAUGGUUUCACUCCCCUGCACAUUGCCUGUAAGAAGAACAGAGUCAAGGUGAUGGAGCUGCUUCUGAAGCAUGGAGCGUCCAUACAGGCAGUCACUGAGUCUGGUCUGACUCCCAUUCAUGUUGCGGCAUUCAUGGGACAUGAAAAUAUCGUCAGCCAAUUGACCAACCACGGGGCUUCGGCAAACACAACUAACGUGCGAGGAGAGACAGCACUCCACAUGGCUGCAAGGGCAGGACAGUCAAACGUGGUCCGAUAUCUGGUCCAGAAUGGAGCCCGAGUCGAAGCUAAGGCUAAGGAUGACCAGACCCCGCUGCAUAUCUCAAGUCGCCUGGGUAAGUCAGACAUUGUCCACCAGCUGCUGGCCAACGGAGCGUGCCCAGAUGCCACCACCAGCUCCGGGUACACCCCCCUGCACCUGGCUGCCAGGGAGGGGCACAGAGACGUGGCUGCAGCACUGCUGGACCAGGGAGCCAGCCUGGGCAUCACCACUAAGAAGGGCUUCACUCCCUUGCAUGUAGCUGCAAAGUAUGGGAAGAUAGAAGUGGCCAACCUCCUUCUGCAGAAGAACGCUCCACCAGAUGCUUCAGGGAAGAGUGGACUAACCCCACUGCAUGUGGCAGCACACUAUGAUAACCAGAAGGUGGCGCUACUUUUACUUAACCAGGGAGCCUCACCGCAUGCUGCUGCAAAGAACGGUUACACCCCACUCCAUAUCGCGGCGAAGAAGAAUCAGAUGGAGAUUGCCACCACGCUGCUGGAGUACGGUGCCUCCACCAACGCCGUAACACGCCAGGGAAUCACCCCACUGCACCUUGCAGCACAGGAGGGCAACGUGGACAUUGUCACACUGCUGCUGGCCAGAGACGCUACUAUUAACAUGGGCAACAAGUCUGGUCUGACUCCACUCCAUCUGGCUUCCCAGGAGGAUAAAGUCAACGUUGCUGAGGUCCUUGUCAACCAGGGAGCUACUGUAGACCCUGAGACAAAGAUGGGUUAUACUCCUCUCCAUGUGGCCUGUCACUAUGGCAACGUUAAGAUGGUCAACUUCCUGCUAAAAAACCACGCCAAGGUCAACACUAAGACCAAGAACGGUUACACUCCUCUCCAUCAGGCUGCCCAGCAGGGACACACACACAUCAUCAACAUGCUGCUACAACAUGGAGCAUCGCCCAACGAGCUCACCAACAACGGGAACAGCGCUCUGUCCAUCGCCAGGCGGCUCGGCUACAUCUCUGUGGUCGACACACUCAAGAUAGUCACCGAGGAGACUCUGACCACUCUGACUGUGACAGAGAAGCACAAGAUGAACGUCCCAGAGACCAUGAAUGAGGUGCUGGACAUGUCCGAUGAUGAAGUGCGUAAAGCCAAUGUCCCCGAAAUGCUCACAGAGGACUAUUUAUCUGAUGUCGAAGAAGAGAUGGAUGUUGGAAAUGUCUGCAUCAGUUACUCCUGUGAUGAUGCGAUGACGGGGGACACAGACAAAUAUCUGGCCCCCCAGGACCUGCGGGAGCUGGGGGACGACUCGCUCCCACAGGAGGGCUACAUGGGCUUCAGCAUCGGAGCGCGGUCACAGAGCCUACGCUCCUUCAGUUCUGAUAGGUCCAACACGCUGAACCGGAGCUCGUUCACGCGGGACAGCAUGAUGAUAGAGGAGAUGCUGGCACCCAAUAAAGAAAUGCAUCUGGCCGUGGCUAAGGACUUGGACAGUGAUUCUCUGCGGCGGUACAGCUGGGCUGCAGACACACUGGAUAAUGUCAACCUAGUCUCCUCACCUGUGCACUCAGGGUUCCUGGUCAGUUUCAUGGUAGAUGCCAGAGGCGGCUCCAUGAGAGGGAGCCGUCACAAUGGAAUGCGGAUCAUCAUCCCGCCUAGAAAGUGCACAGCGCCCACCAGGAUCACCUGCCGACUGGUCAAGAGGCACAAACUGGCAUCGCCUCCUCCAAUGGUGGAAGGGGAGGGCCUGGCCAGCCGACUGGUUGAGGUCGGUCCAGCGGGAGCCCAGUUCCUCGGGCCUGUGAUCGUGGAGAUUCCUCAUUUUGCAUCACUGCGGGGUCAGGAGAGAGAGCUGAUCUUGCUGCGCAGUGAGAACGGAGAAAGCUGGAAGGAGCAUCUCUACGACUGCAGGACUGACGACCUCAAUCAGCUUCUCAACGGCAUGGACGAAGAACUAGACAGCGCUGAGGAGAUGGAAAGGAAGAGAAUCUGCCGCAUCAUCACUAAAGACUUCCCACAGUACUUUGCCGUCGUUUCACGGAUCAGGCAGGAGUCCAAUCAGAUGGGGCCAGAGGGCGGGACUCUGUGCAGCCGCAGUGUCCCAUUGGUCCAGGCUUCCUUCCCCGAGGGAGCUUUAACCAAGAAGAUCAGGGUUGGACUACAGGCCCAGCCAGUACCUGAUGAGACCGUGAAGAAAAUCCUGGGUAACCGGGCAACCUUCAGCCCCAUUGUUACUGUGGAACCCAGAAGAAGGAAGUUCCACAAGCCCAUCACUAUGACAAUCCCAGUCCCGCCCCUGUCAGGCGAGGGGCUUACCAACGGCUACAAAGGAGACUGCACCCCCUGCCUCCGCCUUCUCUGCAGCAUUACAGGUGGUACAUCCCCAGCACAGUGGGAAGACAUCACAGGCACCACACCUCUCACCUUCGUCAACGACUGUGUCUCCUUCACCACUAAUGUCUCUGCGAGGUUCUGGCUAGCGGACUGCCACCAAAUCCCGGAGACGGUGGGCUUGGCCUCCCAGCUGUACAGAGAGCUGAUCUGUGUGCCCUACAUGGCCAAGUUUGUGGUGUUUGCUAAGAUGAACGACCCGGUGGAGUCCAGACUGAGGUGUUUCUGUAUGACGGACGACAAGGUGGACAAAACCCUGGAGCAGCAGGAGAACUUUGAGGAAGUGGCCAGGAGCAAAGACAUUGAGGUUCUGGAGGGUAGGCCCAUCUAUGUGGAUUGUUAUGGCAACCUGGCCCCUCUGACCAAAGCUGGCCAACAGUUAGUUCUCAACUUCUAUGCCUUUAAGGAGAACCGCUUACCCUUCUGCGUCAAGGUUAGAGACAACAGCCAGGAGCCCUGUGGUCGUCUCACUUUCCUCAAAGAUUGUAAGACAACCAAAGGCCUUCCACAGACCGCCGUGUGCAACCUGAACAUCACUCUCCCUGCGCUGAAGAAGGAAAUGGAAUCAGAUCCUGAGGAUGAGACUGAAAAGCCAGAGCGACGUCAUACCUUUGCAUCCCUAGCCUUACGUAAGCGCUACAGCUAUCUGGCCGAGCCUGCACUGAGCCCUCAGAGUCCCUGUGAGAGAACAGACCUCCGUAUGGCAAUAGUAGCUGACCACCUUGGACUCAGCUGGACUGAGCUGGCCAGGGAGCUGAAUUUCUCUGUGGAGGAGAUCAACCACAUCCGAGUGGAGAAUCCCAAUUCCCUGACAGCACAGAGCUUCAUGCUCCUAAAGAAAUGGGUGUACAGGGAUGGUAAAAAUGCCACAACGGAUGCCUUAACCGCAGUGCUGUCUAAGAUCAAUCGGUCGGAUAUUGUGACUUUGCUGGAAGGGCCCAUAUUUGACUAUGGUAACAUUUCAGGCACACGGUGUUUUGCCGAUGAUAACGCAGUAUUCCUGGAUCAGUCUGAUGGGUACCACAACAUAGAUCUGGAGCUGCAGACCCCCUCAGACCUGAACUACCAGCCCCCUACCCCGCUGCAGUCAGACGACUUCUUUAGCGAAGGCGAGGCUAGCAUAGACUCCCCUAGCAAGACCACCCUCACUAGGCCUAGCGACCUCUCCCUCACCCAGACCACCAGUACGUCCAGCAGCGACCCCACUACGGUCGCCCCAGGCCCCACUGCCCCAGAGCCCCACAUUGUGGUGGCAGAGGACACAUCCUUGAGGGGAGAGCGGGGGAGUCAGAAUGAGGGCUUCAUUGAAGAAGACACGGAGCUCAACCGAGAACGUGUGGUGUCUUAUGAAUAUCCGGGUAACGAGCGAAGAGCAGUAGAAGGAAAAAGGGAAACAGAGGAGCAAGAUGAGGCCUUAGAGAAGGAGCUGAAGUCAGGGCAAGGUGUUGUUUUCGAGGGUCAGGAAAGGACCCAGGAAAUUUCCACCAAAGCGGACCCUACCUCAGAAUCUGGUCAUGGAGGUGGAAGGGAGGAAGAGGAAGAAGAGGAGGAGAUGACCCAGGAGAGGCUGCAGAGUCUGCUGGAGGAUAUAAAGCUGGAGGGAGGCUUGGAGGACGAGGAGAUGACGGAGGAGAAGGUGAAUGCCAUUCUCAACCAAGUGCGGCAGGCCGAGAAAGACUUGUGUUCAGUUCCAGGCUGGCGGAGUGAGACGUCCAGUGUGGUGGUGGAGCAGCAAACCCCUGGCCACAUCCCCGACACGGAGGCACCACACAGCGGCAGCCCGGACAGUCUAGCUGAUUCUCCGGAAAAGGCAGAGACGCAGACGGAGAGACAGAAUGGAGCCCACGCUGAGCCAUCCAGGGAAGGGAAGGAGAUGGAGGACAAGAGGAAGGGAUCUCAGGAGGACAGCAGCACAGCGGGACCAAGCAGAGGCCGGGAGGACAAGAGGGAGGAAGGAGACGAUAGGUCACAGCACAAAGCCCAGGGAGAGCAGGCCAGAAACAUUCCUGGAGAGUCGGUGACAGAGGAGCAGUUUACAGAUGAAGACGGGAAUCUGGUCACCAGAAAAGUGAUCAGAAAGGUGGUGCGGCGUGUGUUCACCUCCAAGGAAAGGAGUGAAGGAGGAGGUGAAACAGUAACAGAAGAAGGAGUUGUUGGUGAUGGUGGUGGUGGUGUAGCGACAGGCGGAGCAGACACUACUCCUGCAGCAGGAGAGGCAGCAGGAGCAGGAGGGGGGAAGGGCAGGAAGAGAGGGAAGCGCUCCCGGCAGGGCCAGAAGGCAGAGGAGGCCCACAGGGGGAAAAAUGAGUCUGGAGAAGGAGCCAAGGGGAAACAAGGGAAGAAGAAGGGUCAGUCAUAACAAUGGAGUUCUCAGCUUAAUCUGGUUCACGGACGUCUAACUGCGACAUCACUCACUCUGGGAGGGAAAAGUGACUGGAAGCCGUGACACAGGAGCGCCUGGUCAAUCGGCGAAGUGUGUCUGAAGCUUUCACUUAAAAAUGCAUGGUUUUCAGCAAGACAAACAAAACAAAUUACUUUUAUUUGAUUUCGCAUGAGCAUGUCACCAAACUCACUCACUGUCGAAAAGCGGUAAAAUGACAAGUGCAGACACAUGCGGACGUGAGCCGGGACUUCCUGGUCAUCGACAAAUGAGAAAGGAGAGUUUACAACGACGGCAACGCCCCCUCUGAAGGCAUCUGUGACCAAAGAUGGCACGAAAAGGAAAACGCUGAUUGUUGGAAGACUUUUGAAUCACACUCUCAGACACUCGCCUUAUAUAUUUUUCCUCCUGGACCCACAGUAUUGGGAUGUACCAUGUGGUUCUUUUUUUAAAAGAAAAAAAAUGAAAUAUAAUAAUAAGGUGAUUUUGUUGUAUAUAAAUGACACUGUAUAAAAUCUAAAAAAAAAAAAAAAAAAAAAAUCAGUAGCUUCACAGAUUGUUUAUGCACUGGUUGAUUUAGCUUGAGAUGCUUUGCAAGUCAGUGCAUUUGGAUUGAAAGGCCAACACUGUUUCCACCGUUUAUGGGAUUCUUGGAUGUGUGACCUCACACGGUGACGCCGAAUGAAUACAAAAGGCAAAAAAAGUUGUAUGUAAAUGAGAAACAAAACGAAACAAAACAAAAAAAAAUCUGCUUGAUUUUAACAAAAGGACAUUUCUUUAAAGCCAACUGCUACUCUAAAAUCCUCUCUGUCUGUGGAGCAUUAUUUGUCUUCAAAGUACUAAUAUUUUGCUGCAUGUGAUUUCACUUUGUUUUAAUGAUUUCUUUUUUUUUUUCUUCCUUUUUUUCUCCUAAUGCAAAACACUGUAUUACAAUUAGAGAGGGUUUGAUGGUACUUCUGUCUGUGUGAGCACUCAUAACUCAACCAUCUGUCAUCUAUAGCUGUUUUUCUUUUAUUUUGUUUUUAACAGAUGAAAUGCACACACUCCACACCUGAGUGGCUAGAUAAAGUUUCAUUGUUAUGCUUCGGGAAGGUCCUUUCAGAUGCAGUCUAAGCCUUUGCAACUUACAAUCUAAGAAAAAACCCCAUGAGAGCUAAUGUAUUCGAAUGUAACCUGUAGACUGGCACAUUGUGUGAGCUCCAAACUGCUAGCAGCCCCGUAUGUGUAACAGCAAAUAAGAACUAAUUGUCUAUUUGUACGCCCAUCAUGUGUACUAGAAGUGUAAGUUUAGGCUGAUAGGUCUGCUGUGGUUUAAACUGGGGGCUGUUUUUAUUUGUGGGGGCAGGGAGGGGGCGAGGGUAGGGGGGGUGUUUGGCAUCUUUAUUUUAUUGGUUGCAUUUUACACAAGACCAGGAAAUCUGAUUUUUAGCCAUAUGACACAAACCCAGUCCUUUUUAUUAACGGCUACAUGUGGAUAAAUCAUUUAAUCUUCAUCACAGAUGGUUAAAAAAACAGAUUUUAUGACCGUGUGUAAAUCUUUGUUCAGUCUUUCUUUUUUUUUUCAUUUAAGGCCACCCUAACAAGCAUCCAUUGUCAAAAAUAGAUCUGGUACCAACAUGUAUGAAGAACCAACAUAGCCUACACUGGACGAUCCAACUAAUUAUUUAAGCAGAAAAUAAAUUGUGUUUAAACUGAA